GCGGCCCGUGGGGCGUCCCGUCGGGGGGCCCCUCCCGCUACGUGUCCGGCAUGCAGGACCUGUUCCGGGCCCACAGCAAGACGCGGGAGUUCCCGGCGCACAGCGCCAAGGUGCACUCGGUGGCCUGGAGCUGCGACGGGCGGCGCCUGGCCUCGGGCUCCUUCGACAAGACGGCCAGCGUCUUCCUGCUCGACAAGGACCGGCUGGCCAAGGAGAACAACUACCGGGGUCACGGCGACAGCGUGGACCAGCUGUGCUGGCACCCCAACAGCCCCGACCUGUUCGUCACGGCGUCCGGGGACAAGACCAUCCGCAUCUGGGACGUCCGGACCACCAAGUGCAUCGCCACCGUGAACACCAAAGGGGAAAACAUCAACAUCUGCUGGAGCCCGGACGGGCAGACCAUCGCGGUGGGCAACAAGGACGACGUGGUGACCUUCAUCGACGCCAAGACGCACCGCUCCAAAGCGGAGGAGCAGUUCAAGUUCGAGGUGAACGAGAUCUCCUGGAACAACGACAACAACAUGUUCUUCCUGACAAACGGCAACGGCUGCAUCAACAUCCUCAGCUACCCAGAGCUGAAGCCCGUGCAGUCCAUCAACGCCCACCCCUCCAACUGCAUCUGCAUCAAGUUCGAUCCCACGGGCAAGUACUUCGCCACCGGCAGCGCGGACGCCCUCGUCAGCCUGUGGGACGUGGACGAGCUCGUCUGCGUGCGCUGCUUCUCCAGGUUAGAUUGGCCCGUCCGGACCCUGAGCUUCAGCCACGACGGGAAGAUGCUCGCGUCGGCGUCAGAGGACCACUUCAUCGACAUCGCUGAGGUGGAGACAGGGGACAAGCUCUGGGAGGUGCAGUGCGAGUCUCCGACGUUCACGGUGGCCUGGCACCCCAAGAGACCGCUGCUGGCCUUCGCCUGCGACGACAAGGACGGCAAGUACGACAGCAGCCGCGAGGCCGGGACCGUCAAGCUCUUCGGCCUCCCCAACGACUCCUGAGCCGCGGUGGGCCCCCGGGGGCCACGAGACCCCCCCCCCGCCAACACCACCACCACGCAGCUGGUCUGGUUCUGGCCCUGUGUUAAGCCACGAUGACACGAAGCCGCUCUCCCCUGGCAUUGAGUGGACUGGGCGUUGGCAUCCUGCCCGCUGGGGCCGCCGAUCCCAACACACUUCCCGCCACUCCGACCAGCACAGACCACCGGAAUUCCUGCCAGUCUCCCGUCUCCCCUUUCCCUCAGGCGGGGGUGGUCCCCCCCCGGGGGACUCAGGGAGUUCACAUCCAGAGUGGGCACGAGUCCCCAGGCGAGAGCGGGCAACCGGCCACUUCGGGGGUCACUGGGCACAGGACUAGGGGUGUGGGCAGUGCUCAAAGCCCUGGGGUCUUACACCCACCACCUCCUCCUGCCCAGAAUUUCAGGAAC